AUGGCUUUAUCAACGAUGGACAAACACAUCUUCGCCGAUUCUUUGGCAUUGCAACCACAAGUCAUUCAGUCCAGUGUGAAAGGCUUGGUGACGCCAACGGCGAUUACAACUACAGCAAAGCCUCUUAAUCGCCAACAACUCGAAAAGGCCAUUGAGAUGUAUGGUCCCAUUCUGUAUCUACAUCCGGAUGAACGGUAUUUCAAUACUUCGAUCGAAGAUUUUCUUCAGCAUUGUACGCUCGUGGACAAGAAGACGAAAACAAAGGUCAAGAAUCCAAGUCCCGAUAGUCUCCCACAGAAAGGAGAUGAUGCUCAAUACUAUCUGGAUUUAGAAUCUGCAGGAAAGAAGGGGGAUUUCUCAACCACAAAAGCAUAUGUUCGCGGAUUUUGGCAGUCCGGAAUGCCACACACAGAUGUUCAAUUUUGGUUCUUCAACGCGUAUAACGGACCAGGGUCACUCCAUAUCAACGGUCUGAUGAUGGACAGCAUUUCGAGCUCUGGUGACAUCAACGUGGCUCCUCUUGGUGAACACGUCGGCGAUUGGGAAAUGUGCAUGGUUCGCGUCGACAAUACGACCCUCAAAAUCAUCGCCAUCUGGCUUUCCCAGCACUCGAAGGGCCAAUUUUUCUCGAGAGACCAGAUCGACCAUGCCUUCACCUUUAAAGGAACUCAACCUAUCAUCUACUCUUCCCAAAAUGGCCAUGCAAAUUUCUCCCGUCCGGGCUCCAACGCGUCCGAAUACAGAAGAAUAGGAGGGAUCCCCGCCGGAAUUGAACUCUUCGUCCGCAAUGACACAGCCGCCAGCAAAUUCAAGUUGGAUUGUUCAGAAAAGUAUGAACUGGUGUCGGCAGACUGGCUCAACCUGCCAACUCCCAAAUGGGUGACGUAUCCUUUCCGAUGGGGCCCUGAGGGUACAUUGACCCGACUCAACCCUGUCACUGUUGCCGAAAUUAUCAAAGCAGCAGCUGGUGCUGAUUUGGCAGAGUUUCUCCCUGUCAGUGCGUUGACGGUGCUUGCUGGAGAAAUCCUGCCGCAUUUUAUCAAAGGAAAUAUCAAUGGCCCUACAUCACCAAGUCGACAUGGAAGCUGGGUGGGAAUUUACCCGGUAUAUUGA